CUUGUAGCCAUGAGUGGAGACCAUGAAAUGUUGGCCCUUGGGGAGGCCGCGCAGUAUCUGCGCAAGUCUGAGAAAGAGCGUAUAGAGGACCAAAAUCAGCCCUUUGAUGCCAAAACCUUUGUGUACGUUACGGACAGUAAACAGCUGUAUGUGAAGGGCGUUAUUCAGAGCAGAGAUGGGAAAAAUGUGACGGUGAAACCCGACGGUGGAAGUGUCGUAACUGUGAAGGAAGAUUAUAUUUUUCCAAGAAACCCCCCCAAGUUUGAUAAGAUUGAAGACAUGGUUUUACUUACUCACCUUAAUGAGCCAUCUGUCCUCUUCAACCUCAAAGAGCGUUAUGCAGCUUGGAUGAUCUAUACAUACUCAGGUUUAUUCUGUGUUACUGUGAACCCGUACAAGUGGCUGCCUGUGUACAACCCGGAGGUAGUCAAUGCCUACAGAGGGAAGAAGCGUAUGGAGGCCCCACCACACAUCUUCUCCAUCUCUGACAAUGCCUAUCAGUUCAUGUUGACUGAUCGUGAGAACCAAUCUGUACUCAUUACUGGAGAAUCUGGUGCUGGAAAAACUGUGAACACGAAACGCGUAAUUCAGUAUUUUGCAAUAAUUGCAGCUACUGGAGAUUCUGGAAAGAAAAAAGAAACUGCAUCAGUGAGCAAGAUGAAGGGAACUUUUGAAGAUCAGAUUAUCCAGGCAAAUCCUCUUCUGGAGGCUUUCGGCAAUGCCAAGACUGUGAGGAAUGACAACUCUUCCCGUUUUGGUAAAUUCAUCCGUAUUCACUUUGGAGCAACAGGAAAACUAUCAUCAGCGGAUAUUGAAACGUAUUUGCUGGAAAAGUCCAGAGUAACCUUUCAACUACCAAAUGAGCGGAGCUACCAUAUAUUUUAUCAGAUUCAGUCCAAUAAAAAGCCGGAUAUAGUUGAAAUGCUGCUGAUAACAACCAAUCCCUACGAUUACCAUUACACCAGCCUGGGAGAAAUAUCUGUCCCAAGUAUAGAUGAUGCGGCAGAGCUUAUAGCUACUGAUGAGGCUAUAGAUAUCCUAGGCUUUAAUCAAGAGGAGAAGAUGGGGAUCUAUAAACUGACAGGUGCUGUAAUGCACUAUGGUAAUAUGAAGUUUAAGCAGAAGCCACGUGAGGAUCAGGCUGAACCAGAUGGCACAGAAGAUGCAGACAAAGUUGCAUACUUGAUGGGCCUCAAUUCAUCCGAUUUGGUUAAAGCUCUUUGUAAUCCAAGGGUUAAAGUUGGAAAUGAGUUUGUUACAAAAAGCCAGAAUGUACAGCAGGUGUACAACUCAACUGGUGCCCUGGCCAGGUCUGUUUAUGAAAAACUGUUUUUAUGGAUGGUGACUCGCAUCAACCAGCAGCUGGACACAAAGCAGUCCCGGCAGUAUUUCAUUGGUGUUUUGGACAUUGCUGGAUUUGAGAUUUUUGCUUUCAACACUUUUGAACAACUUUGCAUCAACUUUACCAAUGAGAAGCUGCAGCAGUUCUUCAACCAUCACAUGUUUGUGCUUGAACAAGAGGAGUAUAAGAAGGAAGGAAUUGAGUGGGAGUUCAUUGACUUCGGCAUGGACCUGGCUGCCUGCAUUCAACUUAUUGAGAAGCCAAUGGGAAUAUUUUCAAUCCUUGAAGAGGAGUGUAUGUUUCCAAAGGCCUCUGAUACUACCUUUAAGAACAAGCUCUAUGACCAACAUCUUGGAAAGUCGCCCAAUUUCCAGAAGCCUAAACCAGGCAAAGGCAAAAGCGAAGCUCACUUUUCACUAGUCCAUUAUGCGGGCACUGUGGAUUACAAUGUCACCGGGUGGCUGGACAAGAACAAGGACCCCCUGAAUGAGACUGUGGUUGGACUGUACCAGAAAUCUUCUGUCAAACUUCUUGCCACAAUCUCUUCUACUUUCACUAUUACAGAAGAGGCUGCUGGAAGUAAAGCUGGAGGCAAGAAGAAAGGGUCUUCUUUCCAGACUGUGUCGGCACUGUUCAGGGAAAACUUGACCAAACUGAUGACCAAUUUGAAGACGACUCAUCCUCACUUUGUACGCUGCCUCAUUCCAAAUGAAACUAAGACUCCAGGGGCGAUGGAUAAUCAUCUUGUCAUCCACCAGCUGCGGUGUAAUGGAGUGCUGGAAGGAAUCCGCAUUUGCCGAAAGGGAUUUCCAAGUAGAGUCCACUAUGGGGACUUUAAGCAACGGUAUAAGGUCCUGAAUGCCAGUGCCAUACCUGAAGGCCAUUUCAUUGACAGCAAGAAGGCCAGCGAGAAGCUACUUGGCUCUUUAGAUAUUGAUCACGCCCAGUACAAGUUUGGACACACAAAAGUGUUCUUCAAAGCAGGACUUCUUGGUCUUCUGGAAGAAAUGAGAGAUGAACGCCUGUCCCAGCUGAUCACACGCACCCAGGCUAUAUGUAGAGGGUAUCUCAUGAGGGAAGAGUUCAAGAAGAUGAUACAAAGGAGAGACGCUAUAACAACUAUUCAGUACAAUAUUCGAUCAUUUACGAAUGUCAAGCACUGGCCAUGGAUGAAAUUAUAUUUCAAAAUUAAGCCACUACUAAAGAGCGCAGAGACAGAGAAAGAGAUGCAGAAUCUUAAAGAGGAACUUGAAAAGACCCAAGAGGAACUUGCAAAAUCAGAAACGCGAAGGAAAGAAAAUGAAGAAAAACUGGUCUCCCUAACACAGGAAAAAAAUGACCUCCUACUCCAAGCGCAUUCGGAAAACGAGAAUUUGGCUGAUGCAGAGGAGAGGUGUGAUGAGCUCAUUAAGAGUAAGAUUCAGAUGGAGGCGAAAUUGAAGGAACUCACGGACAGGCUGGAAGAUGAAGAAGAAAUGAGUUCAGAUCUCACAGCCAAGAAGAGGAAACUGGAAGAUGAGACCAGUGAGCUGAAGAAAGACAUUGAUGACCUUGAGCUGACUUUGGCCAAAGUAGAGAAGGAGAAACAUGCCACAGAAAACAAGGUGAAGUGCUUGACUGAAGAGAUGGCUUCCUUAGAUGAAUCCAUCGCCAAGCUCAGCAAGGAAAAGAAAGCAAUCCAAGAGGCUCAUCAGCAAACCCUGGAUGACCUCCAGGCAGAAGAAGACAAAGUCAAUAGUCUAACGAAAAUGAAGAUGAAACUGGAACAACAAGUAGAUGAUCUUGAAGGGACUCUUGAGCAGGAGAAGAAACUGAGAGUUGAUCUUGAGAGAACCAAAAGGAAACUAGAGGGCGAUUUAAAAAUGAUCCAAGAAUCCAUAAUGGAUUUUGAAAAUGACAAAUUGAAUUCAGAGGAUAGACUGAAAAAGAAGGACUUUGAAGUGUCUGAACUGCAAAGAAGAAUUGAAGAUGAACAAAUGAUCAAUGUUCAACUUCAGAAAAAAAUUAAGGAGCUCCAGGCUAACAAUGAAGAACUGCAUGAAGAAAUAGAGUCAGAACGGACAUCUCGUGCUAAAAUUGAAAAGCAACGGGCAGAACUAUCAAGAGAGUUAGAAGACAUCAGUGAGAAAUUAGAAGAAGCUGGAGGAGCAAGUUCCGUUCAAGUGGAAAUGAACAAGAAAAGGGAGACAGAAUUCCACAAACUGAGACGAGACCUCGAAGAUAUUACAUUGCAGCAUGAAUCCGUUGUCUCUAACCUGCGGAAAAAGCAAGCUGAUAUCAUGGCUGAGCUGGCAGAACAAAUUGAUAACCUCCAGCGUGUCAAGCAAAAACUUGAGAAAGAGAAGACUGAAUUGAAGAUGGAGAAUGAUGAUCUGGCUGGUAACAUGGAGUCUGUUACCAAGUCCAAGACCAAUUUAGAAAAGAUGUGCCGCGUCUUAGAGGAUCAGCUCUCCGAGGUCAAAACUCAGCAUGAGGACGAUAUUCGUCUCAUAAAUGAUCUUACUGCACAUAAGUCCCGUCUGCAGAAUGAACACGGGGCAUUAUCUCAUUUUGUGGAAGAAAAAGAAGCCUUGAUUUCUCAACUGAGUAGAGGCAAAAUGGGCUUUACUCAACAAGUGGAGGACUUUAGAAGGCUAUUGGAAGAAGAAACUAAGGCUAAAAAUGCCAUUGCUCAUGCUCUGCAAUCGGCUCGUCAUGACUGUGAUCUUCUACGUGAACAAUAUGAUGAAGAACAAGAAGCCAAGGCAGAAUUGCAGAGAACUUUAUCCAAGGCAAACAAUGAGGUGGCCAUGUGGAGAUCUAAGUAUGAAACAGAUGCCAUUCAACGUACGGAGGAACUGGAAGAAGCUAAGAAGAAACUAGCUCAGCGGCUUCAGGAAGCUGAGGAGCACGCAGAAGCGCUUAACGCCAAGUGUUCUUCCCUGGAGAAGACUAAGCAGCGAUUGCAGAUGGAAGUGGAUGAUUUAAUGAUUGAUGUAGAGAGAUCGAAUGCAGCAGCAGCUGCACUAGACAAAAAGCAAAGGAACUUUGAUAAGGUUAUAGGUGAAUGGAAACAGAAGAGUGAGGAGUGUCAGGCUGAUCUGGAACUAUCCUUGAAAGAGUCAAGAAGUUUGAGCACAGAACUUUUCAAGCUACGCAAUGCGUAUGAGGUGGCAGUAGAUCAACAAGAAACAUUCAAACGGGAGAACAAAAAUCUCCAACAGGAAAUCUCAGACCUCACAGACCAAAUUGGCAUAGCAGCAAAGAGUGUAAGCGAACUGGAAAAACUCAGAAAACAAGUGGAGCAGGAGAAAGCUGAUUUACUGUCCGCAUUGGAGGAAGCUGAGGGAAGUCUUGAACAUGAAGAAUCAAAAAUACUUCGCAUCCAACUGGAGCUAAAUCAGGUGAAGUCAGAGGUGGACAGGAAAAUAGCUGAGAAAGAUGAAGAAAUUGUUCAACUAAGACACAACAGUCAGAAGACAAUUGACAUUUUGAAUAGCACUCUUGAGUCUGAAAUACGGAGCAAGAAUGAUGCCCUACGAGUUAAGAAAAAGAUGGAAGGGGACAUUAAUGAGAUGGAGAUACAACUAAGUCAUGCCAACCGACAGGUGUCGGAGAGCCAGAAACAGCUGAAUAUCAUUCAGGUCCAGCUGAAGGAAGAACAAAUACGGCUUGAUGAACUAGUUUCUGCCAAUGAAGACCUGAAAGAACGUAUAGGAUUGGCAGAUCGCAGGAAUCUCUUGCAGCAGACUGAAAUUGAAGAGCUCCGCUCUUCCCUGGAACAGACAGAAAAAGUUAGAAAAUUGGCAGAGCAAGAGCUCCUUGAUGUUACGGAGCGGGUGCAGCUUUUACACAGCCAGAACACAAGUCUGAUCAAUGCCAAGAAGAAGUUAGAAAGUGAUACAGCUCAGCUCCAAUCAGAGGUGGAGGACGCUAUCCAGGAGUUACGAAAUGCUGAGGAUAAAGCAAAGAAGGCAAUUAUAGAUGCUGCCAUGAUGGCAGAGGAACUGAAGAAGGAGCAGGAUACCAGCGCCCACCUAGAGAGAAUGAAGAAGAACCUGGAGCAGACAAUGAAGGAUCUUCAGCAUCGUCUUGAUGAAGCGGAACAGUUGGCCUUGAAAGGAGGCAAGAAACAGCUUCAGAAACUGGAGGCUAGAGUGCGAGAUCUAGAAAAUGAACUCGAGUCUGAACAGAAGCAAAAUAAUGAAAAUACAAAAACCUAUAGAAAAGUUGAGCGAAAACUUAAAGAAGUGACCUUUCAGUCAGAAGAAGACAGAAAGAAUGCCCUUAGACUGCAAGACCUUGUUGAUAAAUUGCAAGCUAAGAUCAAGUCUUACAAGCGACAGGCUGAGGAAUCGGAGGAACAAUCUAACACCAACCUCUUGAAAUUGAGGAAACUCCAACAUGAGUUAGAGGAAGCUGAAGAGCGGGCUGAUAUAGCAGAAUCUCAGCUAAACAAGCUUCGAGCAAAGAGUAGGGACUUUGGUGGAAAGGUGAAAGAGGGGGAAGAGUGAACUGCAGGUGAAAGAGGAGGAAGAGUGAACUGCAGGUGAAAGAGGAGGAAGAGUGAACUGAUACCUGAAAUUUUUGUCUUUUUGUAGAUGUUUUUCGUCAUGUAGACAAUAAAAUAGUUUUGACAAAAA